AUGCGGAUAUGGCAUUUUCUGAAUACCACCACUAAGGACCUCGAGUUUCAUUUCGAUGGCGACUGGACGAAAAGCAGCAGCACAGAACAAAAUUCACGACAUGAACCGCUAGGACUAUCACUGAGGCACGAUCCCCUGCCAUGGAAGAUCGAAAUUCGACCCUGUUCUCAUACUAUUUGCAGCAGCUCUACACUGGUGGAUAAUGCUCUCUAUAAUCCAUAUCGCUACCUAAUUCUUCCCAUGGCUCUCGAGUCUCAAGCUCUCUACCACGCGACUCUCGCCAUUGCCGCCAAUACGCUGAAACUAUCCGAUCCAAGAUACAGACUCCCUGCAUUGGAGCAUCAUCAUCGCGCUUUAAGCCAUCUGCGAAAUCUUCUGUCGCAAGAUUCAUGGGCGGAGAAAGAACUGGAUGAAAUGCUCGGACUCGUUCUGAUGCUAUGUUGGUUCGAUAUCUCAGAUAGCAGCCGGCCAUCAUGGGUCACACAUUUAAACGGGUUCCAGGAUCUGAGCAGAACACGACAAAGGCGUCCUGGCCGCUCACCUCACAGCCAAGAUCUGGCGAGCUUCUUCGAUCGCUAUUUUGCUUUUCACCUUGUUCUUGCGCGGACGUCCUUUCGAAUCAACGACUUACCAUGUCAAUCACCGCUUCUUCCAGACAGCUUACUUGAAAACUCCGACACGAUUGACCCAUACAUGGGAUUCAGUCAUUCACUUCUCCUCUUGAUCAAUCAAGUUGCUGAACUAGCAUGGAACCAGGCCGACAACCAAAAAUGUACCCACAACACAGCAGCGUCGAGACUAAGAAAAAGCCUCGAAGGACUUGAUCAAAUCCUACCAUCACAGUGCGAUGAUCCAAACACAGAGUGCGCUGCAAUCGCCGAAGCAAAUAGAUUGGGAGCUCUCCUUCUUCUCCAAGAAAUCUCUUCUUCAAAAUCGGCCUCGACAAACAAUCUACGUCAACAGCCAACCGGCACACAAGAGAAGACUCACUAUGUCAAGUUAAUUCUGAAUCUGAUGCUAGAGAAAAAGGCAAACAUGAUGCGGACCGCUGUAUUGCCACUAUGGCCCCUCUUCUUAGCAGGAUGCUGUGCUUCCGGAGAAGAGGAAAGGAUCACAGUAAUGCAAUUUUUUGAUGAGGUAGAAGGCAUUCAUCGCUUUGGAAAUGUCGCGCCUGCCAUGGAAGUCAUUGAAAUGGUCUGGAGACAGCAGGAUCUGUCUGUACAAGACGAAAGGAAGCGACAAAGGAGUGUAAUUGCGAAUGAGGGACACAAGGAGACGCAGAAAUUUCGGUUUCCAUGGGAGCACGCAAUGCUAAUGUUAGGAAAUUGGAAGCUAAGCUUAACCUGA